AAGUCGUCCCUCCGAGAUGCUGUCUUUACAUUAUAUGUGGUGGAACAAAACACAUGCUUUUGUUUUCUGCUCUGCAGGCCUUGACCUGGCAGGUAUAUUUCUCUUUGCAAUCUUGACUCUGAUGACGCUCAUUGCCAUUCUGGUGUUUGUGGAGGAAGUGGUCUAUAUCUAUAGAAAAAUCCCCUCCUCCAAAAGAUCAAUCUUAAUUUGGAUAAACGCUGCGGCUCCGGUGAUUGCCACUACCUCAUGCAUUGGGAUGUGGAUUCCUCGCUCCACGAUGUUUACAGAUUUCACAGCAGCAGUAUUCUUUGCCAUAGUUAUCCACAAGUUCCUGCUGAUGAUGGUCAAGGAGUGCGGCGGUCAAAAGCUCUUCCUCCGGCGGUUCGAAAAGGGCCGCUUCAAGAUCAGCACAGGCCCCUGCUGCUGCUGCUGCCUCUGCCUGCCCCGCGUGCGCAUCACUAGGCGAACUCUCCUUUGGCUGAAGCUGGGCACCUUUCAGUUGGCUUUCUUUCGACCUGUGCUCAUGUUCCUAUCAAUAGUGCUUUGGACCAAUGGCAAUUACAAACCUUAUAAUCUAUCUCCUGAUGGAGCUGCAAUAUGGAUUAACUGCUUUGUUGGGAUCCUUACCAUUAUUGCUCUGUGGCCAGUUGGAAUCAUGUUUCGGCAAGUUAGGACUAUCCUUAAUUGUAAGAAGAUCAUCCCUAAGUUUGCUCUUUAUCAGUUUAUCCUCAUCCUGAGCCAGCUGCAGGCAGCUAUUAUCAACAUCUUGGCUAUGCAAAGGAUUAUUCCCUGUGUCCCACCACUCUCCUCAUCAGCAAGAGGAGCCUAUAUGAUCCAACAGCUCCUCAUCGUGGAGAUGUUCCUGAUAACCCUAAUCUCACGGGUGGUCUAUCGGAGAAGAUACGAUGAUCUAGAACCCCCAGAGGGCACUCCCGAGGAAGGCGACGACAACAAGCAGACUCCCAAGAUCACCCUGAACGGUGCCCUCAGUGAGGGUGCAUUGCCAGGCGUUUAGAAGGUCCCUGCAGGAGCUGGAGGCUCAGCUGUAGGAGCUCUUGUAUCCUUGCAACACAAAUAACCACAGCCCCAGUGAGAACAGCUUCUGGGGUAGAUACCUGUGAGCUGCACUGCAGGGACCAGUGAGGAUAACCCCUUUUUUUUCUCCAGUGAUAUAUACACAUGAUGUGAGUGUUUUCAUAGCGUGUCAUUUACUAAUAUUUCGUACCAUGUAAUUUUAUCCUAUUGUGAAACACUUGACAGUGGCCAAACAAUCUCACAAUAUGAUUUUUUUUUUUUAGCUAUUUGAAUGGCCGUGAUUUAGAGAUAAUCCAAAGCCAUUCUCUUUUUUAUCUUUUUGUGACUUUUGUUUUAAACCCGUUUCAUGUAGGCAGGAUCUCGCUCCAGGUCUAACACAGCAUUUUCCCAUCUGUCCUCCAUUAGAAUUUCUCCUCUCGCGCUCUGUGCCACAGAC